CACUAAGUCCCCAAAUCGGACUAAGGUACGCAAAUUCAGCUACGUUAAUAACGUAGCUGAAUUCGAAGUACCUUAGUCCGAACUUACCGCGGUCCAGACGCGGCAGGAAGUCUCCCCCCGUCGAUGCCGCGUACUCCUCUCGGCGAGCUGGAGUACCGGCGCCGACUGUGAGCACUUCCGGGAUCGAUCCGGGAUCGAUUUAUCGCGUCUUAACCAGACGCGAUAAAUCGAUCCCAGAACAUCGAUGGCGUGCCGCCGAACCAACCGGUAAGUGAAGACUAGGCCUUGGAGAAACCCUCCUGUCGGCGUAGGUAGCAUCUUUACCGAAGUGCUACAGCUGCAGCGUUUUAAGUGUAGACAUGCCCUUAGCAACUGUCUUCUCACAUUGCUUUUGGUAAAUUGUUGAAAGAUUUCUUCAAACACUGUGAAAUAAUAUAUCAUUAGUUGUAUACUAUAACUGUUAGUAGUUCUAGUUUGAAAGGCUAUGGGCAGGGGCGGCACCAGCGCACCAAACGCGUGCCUGGAGCGGCAAGCCACGGGGGGGGCUGCCGGUCUCCAUGAGGGCGGCAGUCAGGCUACCUUCGGCGGCAUGUGCCUGCGGGAGGUCCGCCAGUCCUGCGGCUUUGGCGGCAAUUCGGCAGCGGGUAUGCCGAAGGCGCGGGACCAGCAGACCUCCCGCAGGCAUGCCGCCGAAGGCUGCCUCGCUGCCGUGCUUGGGGCGGCAAAAUACAUAAAGCCACCCCUGGCUAUGGGAAAGGUGGAUCUACUACUACCGGAUCUGAUAUUUAUACCAUUAUACACUUCUUGGCUGGAGCUAUAGGCCCACUCGCCAUUGGAUCAUGUCUGUGGCAAAAAAAUACAUGGGCACUGAUUAGCAGUUCUUAAUCAAGGGGGACUGGAUUAUCUUCCAUCACUUUAAAUUUCAGGCCUGUAUCUCCAGUCAUUCAUCAUUUUAAAGGACUCUCCCAUCCACAACAGACAUGCUUUAGAGGCAGAAGGGCUAUCCUUUAAUGUAAAGGUGUGUGUGUGCGUAAUUUCUGGAGGAGGAGGGGGUUUCACUUUCUAAUCUGGAGGUUGUUUCAGCUGUUGGGACCCUAUUGUGACAUCAGGCCUGAGUAUGCAAUGAUGUCAUCAGUAUUCAGCUGUGAGCAAUCUUGAGGCACUUCUGAAUCCAACAGAGGAGAAUUUUUCUCUCUCCUUCCCCUCAACACCAAAUGAACCAGUUGGGAAGUCACUGCUUCAGUGUGACUGAGGAGGCCUCGUUGCCUGAGAUCCAAGCGCCGCUUAUCCUUUCCCUAACAACACCUGAAGAUGGGACCUUUUUUCUUUCUGCUCUACGGAACAAAAAGCCAACAGAGCCCGUGACAACUCAGCCGACUCGUGGGGUUGGCACGUCCACCGUCACAACAGUCAUACAGACCGGAGGAGAUUGGACCACUGGCCUCUUUGGUAUCUGCAGUGACAAGAGUGUUUGUGUCUGUGGGGCCUUGUGUAGCCCAUGUCUAGAAUGCGACCUUGCAAGGCACUAUGGGGAGUGCCUGUGUUUCCCAUUGCUGCCAGGUUCCACCUUAGCGUUGAGAGUCGGCGCCAGAGAGAAAUACAAGAUACGAGGAACCCUGUGUGAAGACUGGAUGGCAGUUCAUUGUUGCUGGCCUUUUGCUGUUUGCCAAGUGGCCCGCGAGCUGAAGAGGAGGGCUACGACCCAGAUCUAUGAAAUAAACACUGCUCCUACAGCUAAAGAUACCCUAGUUUAAAAAUUCCCAGCCAGAAAGCUUGACUCGUGAUACUUCCCCGCCUGCCAAUGUAAAAUACCUUAUUUUUAGAAAUAAAAUGCAUUUGU